AUGAUAAGUGAAGGAAAGAAUGGCAAGGGACAGAGCAGUGACAUGGGAAUGAGCGGGGAACAAGAAGACAGUCCUGAAAGCGCUUGGCAGUGGGCAGCAGCAGCAGUGGGAAAGAAGACGGCGGUGGGGUCGGUCGUUCUUUUUGGUCUCUCUGUGUCUCGCAGCUAUGGAAAGCGCAGGAGUGGGAGCCGACUUCAACAUCCUCCUGGCCACCGACUCUUACAAGGUAAAGUGGUAACCAAAGAGAAAAUUCAGGAAGCCAAAGAGGUAUACAAGGAACAUUUUCAAGAUGAUGUCUUCAAUGAAACAGGAUGGAAUUACAUUCUCGAGAAGUAUGAAGGGUGUCUUCCCAUAGAAAUAAAGGCUGUUCCUGAGGGUGCUGUCAUUCCCAGAGGAAAUGUACUCUUCACGGUUGAAAACACUGAUCCAGACUGCUAUUGGCUUACAAACUGGAUUGAGACUAUUCUUGUUCAGUCCUGGUAUCCAAUUACUGUAGCAACAAACUCCAGAGAACAAAAGAAGAUCUUGGCAAAAUACCUAUUAGAAACCUCAGGCAGUUUAGAAGGAUUAGAGUACAAACUACAUGAUUUUGGUUACAGAGGAGUCUCUUCACAAGAGACUGCAGGAAUAGGAGCCUCUGCCCAUUUGGUGAACUUCAAAGGCACUGAUACAGUAGCAGGAAUUGGUUUAAUCAAGAAAUAUUACGGAACAAAAGACCCUGUACCAGGCUAUUCUAUUCCAGCUGCAGAGCACAGUACUAUAACAGCUUGGGGGAAAGACCAUGAAAGAGAUGCUUUUGAACACAUUGUGACACAGUUUUCUUCAGUGCCUGUAUCUGUGGUCAGUGACAGUUAUGACAUUUACAAUGCGUGUGAAAAAUUAUGGGGUGAAGAUUUAAGGCAUUUAAUUGAAUCAAGAAGUGCGGAAGCUCCACUGAUUAUUAGACCAGAUUCAGGAAAUCCUCUUGACACUGUGCUAAAGGUUUUGGACAUUUUAGGAAAGAAGUUUCCUGUGACAGAAAAUGCACAAGGCUAUAAAGUGUUGCCUCCUUACCUCAGAAUUAUUCAAGGAGAUGGUGUAGAUAUCAACACGUUGCAAGAGAUGGUGGAGGGAAUGAAACAAAAGAAGUGGAGUAUUGAGAAUAUUGCCUUUGGGUCAGGUGGAGCUUUACUGCAGAAACUAACUAGAGAUCUCCUGAAUUGUUCCUUUAAAUGCAGUUAUGUGGUCACAAAUGGCCUUGGGGUAAACGUUUUCAAAGAUCCUGUAGCGGAUCCUAACAAAAGAUCAAAAAAAGGCAGGUUGUCUCUACACAGAACACCAAAUGGCGACUUUGUUACAUUAGAAGAAGGCAAGGGAGAUCUUGAAGAAUAUGGACAUGAUCUCCUUCAUACGGUGUUUAAGAACGGCGUAGUAACGAAGUCUUAUUCAUUUGAUGAAGUAAGAAAAAAUGCCAGACUGAAGACUAGUGAACUGACAGUGUCAUCUCACUAAAGUUUCAUUCCGUGUUUGUAUAUGUGUAACAAUUAUGUACUGCUAAUUGUUUCUUGUAGAGAUCUGUGUGUUUGUGUUUGCCACAUUAUAGCCAAAUUAUUUGUUGGUUUAUGGACAUCACUGCCCUUUCUUUUCUUUUUGUCUUUAGAAGAGAUUAAAUUGAGAAAAUAGCUGUAGUUCAGUGUGCUUCUAGGGACCCUUUGCCAGUAGUGAUUCAAUCUGGUAUUGAUCUCCUUGUUAAUGAGACAGAGCUGAGACUUUUUAUAUAUUAUAUAUAUAUAUAUAUAGAGUAGCAUACCACAGAACAGAUUUGCAUAAAAGUAUCAUUGCUUUAUGUUUAUAUUUAACUUGUAUUUUUGUACAAACAAGAUCGUGUAAAAUAUAUUUAAAGUUUCAAUAAUUACUUCUUUCCAACUUUUCAUGAUUUUUAUGAGCACAGACUUUCGAGGAAAUACUUGGGGAUGGGAAUUCAUUGCCUUUGUGUCCAUUUAUCAGCAAAUAAAACACGGCCUUAAGUUUUAUUGUGACAAUUGUACUAUUUGGAAGUUUUAAUCAGGAUUACUCCCUCACAUCCCACAGAAGAACAAACCUCACCGUUCAUUGUAGUUAUCUGUCAUUUGACAAAUAUCUUGUCAUUGAGGUUGUCUUGUCAUUUGAUAGUUAUCUGUUGUUUAACAGGAAAACUUCUGUUCUUUCUGUAACGGUGAGGUACUAUAAAUAAAAAUAUAUAAAUGCAUAAGUCUUGCUAGAGAGCAAGAGAUAUAAAUGUAAUGCCAAAUGUGGAAGGACUUCUUACUACAGCAAGCAUUGCUAAGUGCAUCUUUGUAUUGCAAGAGCAAGACUCCAUUCCUGUGCUUGUCCACCUGGGUAUAAAUCCCAUUGCAGUUAAUGGGACUUGUUUCCAAGCAAACAUGCAGGACAUAUGGUUGUAAAAUUAAAGGAUUUCCUUCCACUACAGAGUAUGUAUAAGUAAAGUAUUGACAAGAAUGGAAGUGGUAUAUUAAAGGAAAAAACACUUCUGGGCAUAUUUUUCCAUAUAUUGUGACAAAUUUCAGAACAAAAGACUUAACUGAUUAGUGCACUUUUUACCUUUUUUGUAUUUUUGUCAUUGAUUUUGCCUUUUUGUCAGAUUCGAUGUUAAAUUGUAUAGACGUCUUACCUAUUUUUUGUUAAAACAACUUUAAUAAAACAUUAUACUAGCCAAACUCCUUUUACAUUGGUAGCUUCCCCUAUAGGGGACACUAUGCAGAAGUUAACUAUUUUAAAAAGUAAUGAAAGGUACUUUUUCCAUGACUGCACUUGAUUCACUUUUUACGUAUGCUUCAAAGUGCUUACUAAAGGACAAAUUGAUUAGUGAAUGACAUGACAAGCUGUAUCAAGUUCUCAGGUGUACAGGCAUAUUUCAGGAUGGUUGUUAAAAGACAAGAACUUUUCAGCCUUAUUAGAGGAGGCAGUAUAUUUUGGUUCAUUAGCUGUAGGAAGGGAUAGGUGGGUCUGAAGGUAGGUUUCAACCAUUAUGUGGGAAAUGGUUCAGAAGAGCUCUAACAAAAGGAGCAAAGCAAGAUAAUACGCUUCUAAAAGUGGUUAAAAGCCAUAUUUUAAUGUUCUGCUAUGAAACUUAUUUAAUUGUCUAGAUGUGGUAUUAAGCCACUUAUUCCCAGUCUUAAUCAUUUACUUUGUUUAAUAAGGUUUCUGCUGUUUCAUGUGAUGAUACACAAAAUGAAUGUACUGGUUUGAAUACUUCUUUUAAGUAGUGACUUUUAUGCACAGAAUCCACGUUGUGGUUAUCCUUUCUCUGAUAACCGCAGCAGGCUUAUCUUGAUCACAGAUGUUUAAAAACUGGUUAAAAUUUAGCAAGACUGCAUCUGUUCCACACAGUGUUCUGGGGAGCUUUAUGAUUUCAUAUCACUAGAUAUGAAAAUCUAGUAAGUUUUGCCCUUAAUUUAUAUUUCUGUAUGUGAAGGCUUUGGAAAAAUGCUCUUAUGCAUCAUGAAUUCCUUGAAUGAAUGUUUUGGGUACUAAAUAUUUCUGGGAGAUGAUACACCUAAACUCAAGCAGUUUAGUGUCAAAUACAAUUUACUCUACAGAGUUUGAACCUUAAAUAUCCUAAUUCUUCCAUGUAGAGACAAGCAGUAUGAUUGGGUUUGCUUUAAACAAUUAGAAUGGUAGGAACUGAUAUCUUUAGCUUGCAUUUCAUAAUAGUACAGUACUUAUAUAUAGAAAUGGCAGUUGGGAGGCUUUGUGUUUACUUUAAAAAUAAUUUAUUUGUAACCUAUAUUUAACAUAAGAAUUUUUUAUGAGUAUUUUUUCUCAGAAGAAUGGUUAUGACAUGGAUAUGAAAUCUUUUUAUAGCAAAGAAUCAAUCUUGGAAAAUUCGAGAUGUAUUUAUUGUUUGCCAAAAAAAUCAAACCGUAAACAGAAUUUUCUCUAGUUUUACAUUCCUUUUUAACCUUCUUAGCUGAGUAAGUAUUCUUCACCUAAAUCUUAUGUUUAAAUAGUCAUAAUGUACUUCGCAUCAAAGAUUAAUGUAAUAAACAUGGAAAUAAAGUUUUAGUUCCCAUAGUGAAA